ACGUGAGAUCCUUGUUUUUGUCUGUGGUUUCAGAAGAAGCUAUCGGAGAUUCGUUUCUUUUCCUUAGUUCCCGAGUCAACUUCGUAGAAGAUAACAGCAAAUGAAGGUUCUGCACUGAGCGUCUCUGAAGCAAAGCACUGACAGUUCGCAGAUGGAACCAGCGCCGUAUAUCUCGGAAGCCGAAAGGACGCGGAGAAUACUCAUAGAGAGGUAUAUGCGCUUGAAACAUGAUUACUUCUAUGACGGUGGCUGUGAAAAAUAUCCCUGGCUUGAUGAUUCGGCUAAGAACCGUUAUAAUACUGAUGUCAAUGUGAACAACUGGAUGGAAGAGAGACACGAUGUGAAUUAUAUGAGACAAAAAUCGCAGGCUUUGAAUGAUUUCAAUCAUGCUUACGAAACUGAAUACAUGUACCGGUUUGGAAAAAAUGCCGUGAAAGGAGAAGUUAUACCGAAUUCGAGAGUGGCGCAGAGCUUUCCCGGUCACCAACCGCAACUCGAUCUGCCGCUGCUGAAGAAAGUGUACGACAGCUACGAGACCACGUCUCGGGUGGCUUUUCAGGAUCCACAAGUGGUCACAACAAGGAAGCCACAAAUCCAUUGCAGUUUCUGCAGGCUGAAAGCUGGCAGAGCGUAAAAAUGCUUAGCUAUUAUCAUGCACAUAAUCAAAAAUUAGCAAUUAUAAACAUUUACCCACAAAGAA